AUGGCUCCAGGAGGCGGCGGAAACAUUAAGGUGGUGGUGAGAGUGCGACCGUUCAAUAGCAGAGAGAUCGAUAGAGGGGCAAAAUGUAUCGUGCAGAUGAAAGGAAACCAGACCAUCCUCAUACCACCGCCCGGCGCUGACGAGAAAUCGCGAAAAGCUGGCGGAAAAGGUGCGGUGGAGGGGCCGAAGACUUUCGCCUUUGACAGGUCGUAUUGGUCUUUCGACAAGAAUGCUCCCAAUUAUGCGGGCCAAGAUAAUCUGUUUGCGGAUUUGGGUGUUCCUUUGCUGGAUAAUGCGUUUCAAGGCUACAACAACUGUAUCUUCGCAUACGGCCAGACGGGUUCCGGAAAGUCGUAUUCGAUGAUGGGUUAUGGCAAGGAAUACGGUGUGAUCCCGAGAAUCUGCCAGGAGAUGUUCCAACGCAUAGCCAAGAUGCAAGAAGACAAGAACCUCAACUGUACAGUCGAAGUGUCCUACCUCGAAAUCUACAAUGAAAGAGUUCGCGAUCUGCUCAACCCUUCAAACAAGGGUAACCUCAAAGUCCGUGAGCAUCCGUCAACCGGUCCAUAUGUCGAAGACCUUGCGAAACUCGCCGUGCGCUCUUUCGAGGAGAUUGACCACCUGAUGGACGAGGGUAACAAAGCUAGAACAGUGGCCGCCACGAACAUGAACGAGACCUCUAGUCGAUCGCAUGCCGUUUUCACCCUGACCUUGACGCAGAAACGCCACGAUGCCGAGACCUCGAUGGAUACAGAGAAGGUGUCAAGAAUCAGUCUGGUUGAUCUUGCCGGUUCAGAGAGAGCAAAUUCUACAGGGGCCACUGGCGCCCGCUUGAAAGAAGGAGCGGAAAUCAACCGUUCGUUAUCAACUCUCGGUCGUGUCAUUGCAGCUCUCGCAGACGUUACCUCUGGCAAAAAGAAGAAUGCUUCAAUGGUCCCAUACCGAGAUUCCAUCCUGACGUGGUUGUUGAAGGAUUCUCUGGGAGGUAAUUCGAUGACAGCGAUGAUUGCGGCUAUAUCGCCUGCCGAUAUCAACUUCGACGAGACUCUGAGUACUCUGCGCUACGCCGAUUCCGCAAAACGGAUCAAGAACCAUGCCGUGGUCAAUGAAGACCCGAAUGCCAGAAUGAUCAGAGAACUAAAGGAGGAGUUAGCACAGCUCAGAGCUAAGCUUGGAGGCGGCGCGACGGCUGGAGCAGCUGGAGGUAUGCCUGCGGAGGAAUACUAUCCACCUGACACACCUCUGGAGAAGCAGAUGGUUUCGAUUCAGAAGGCAGACGGUACUAUCACCAAGGUCAGCAAGGCAGAGAUCGUGGAACAGCUGAAUCAAAGCGAAAAGCUCUACAAGGACUUGAACCAGACCUGGGAGGAAAAAUUAGAGAAAACGGAGCAAAUCCAUCGAGAACGUGAGGCCGCGCUUGAAGAGCUCGGUAUCAGUAUUGAGAAGGGUUUCAUUGGCUUGAGCACUCCGAAGAAAAUGCCCCAUUUGGUCAACCUGAGCGACGACCCGCUACUUGCUGAAUGUCUUGUCUACAAUAUAAAGCCUGGAACUACAACCGUUGGAAACAUGGAACAAGGGAGUCAUGUUGAGAUCAGACUGAAUGGCUCCAAGAUCCUUCCCAACCAUUGCACGUUUGAAAAUGUCGAUAAUGUUGUUACUAUUGUACCCAGUGAGGGUGCGGCAGUCAUGGUUAACGGUUUGCGAAUCGACAAACCCAAGCGUCUCAAAAGCGGUUUUCGGAUAAUCCUCGGCGACUUCCACAUCUUUCGUUUCAACCAUCCGCAAGAGGCUCGCGCUGAAAGGGUUGAGCAAAGUUUGCUGCGCCAUUCUGUCACCACCAGUCAACUUGGGUCUCCGGCGCCGACCAAAACACACGAUCGAACUAUGAGCAAGACAGGCUCAGAGCUGGAUGGAGACUCAAGUAGGGCCGACUCGCCAAUGCAAGCGCAACGAGGUGGCGAAUCAGAUUGGUUUUACGCUCGUCGUGAAGCUGUCAGUGCGGUCCUGGGUCCUGAUCACAUCUCGCAUAUGCCGGACGACGAACUGGAUGCUCUGUUCGAGGACGUGCAGAAAGUGCGAGCAACACGUCGAGGACUUGUAGACAAUGAGGACGAUUCAGAUUCGCUGAGCUCAUUCCCAGUUCGCGACAAGUAUAUGUCCAAUGGUACCAUUGACAAUUUUUCGCUUGACACCGCCAUCACCAUGCCCGGGACACCUGGCCAGCAGUACGAUGGCGAAGGACAAAAUGGAAGCGACUUUACAUUGCAGGCUGCCCGACAGGACAUGCAGCGGCAAUUGGACAAGCAGAAGGAGGAAUUCAAAGACAAACUUAGAAUUGCUGAGGCCUCCGAUCAAGACGCCGAUGACUUACGUUUAGAGAAAGAAAGGAUGGAAGAAGCCCUCAGGACGACAAAAGAGGAGUACGAAGAACAACUAAGGAAACAGAAAGAGGCGUUUGAGAAUCAUAUGAAAGAAAUGGGCCAGCCAGUGCCGAGAAUAUACGAAAAUGGCUUUGCAAAAUUGGAUGAACGAGAAAUCGGGAUUGCAACCUCAGUUUUUCGGCACUGGUCCCAGCAAAACUACAUCCGCAUGGCCGAGAAGAUACUUCAGCAUGCAUCGCUCUUGAAAGAAGCCCAGGUAAUGAGCCAAAUCAUGGACAAGAAUGUCAGUUUUCAAUUCGCAAUCAUUGACCAUGGACACAAUAUGGCAUCGUCUUAUGACCUUGUGCUCAACGGCAUCUCGGGGGAUGAGGAUAUCGUUCUAGAGGAGGCCAAGAAGCCUUGCAUUGCAGUUCGGGUGAUUGACUCCAAACAGCGCGUCAUCCAUCUUUGGUCGAUCGAGAAGCUUCAACGCCGCCUCCAGGCCAUGCGCCAAUUGCACCAGUACAUAGAUCGUCCAGACUACAUCCAGCACUUCAGGCUUGAGAACCCUUUUUCUGAGCCAUGCUCACCGCAGUACUCUCUUGUGGGUGAUGCCGACAUCCCCCUCACAGCUGUCUUUGAGACGCGGGUUCAGGACUUUUCUGUCGAGGUCAUUUCGCCGUACACACAAAACGUUGUGGGUAUAGUCAGAUUGUCGCUGGAGCCCUCAUCAGCACAGGCGCCGUCAUCUACGCUCAAAUUCAAUGUGGUCAUGCGUGAUAUGGUUGGCUUUGCUGAAUGGGAGGGGACAGAUGUGCAUGCCCAACUCUUUGUUCCGGGUAUCUCCGAAGAAGGAGGAGCUACUACCACGCAGAUGAUCAGCGGCUUUGAUGAGAGUCCUAUCCGCUUUGAAAGUGUGCAUAGCAUGAGCUUGCCUCUUUCAAGUCCCAGAACGUCAGCUCUUAAGAUCUGCAUCUAUGCACGUGUGACGCAGAUGCAUCUGGAUAAGCUCAUCAGUUGGGAUGAGAUGCGCGAUUCCGCGGAGUUGUCUCCCCAGAAACGCAAGGCCCCGCGCAUAGCUGAAUCAGAGUUCUUUUCUGAAGAGAGACAUGAUGUAUUUGCUAGGGUGCAAGUCCUGGAAUUGGCAGAGUCUGGCGAGUACCUUCCUGUCGAGGUGGUACAAAGCAACAGUCUCGAUGCGGGCACGUAUCAACUACACCAAGGUCUGCAACGUCGUAUUCUGGUCAGUCUAACCUAUAACUCCACCGAGAGUCUUCCCUGGGACGACCUGACCAAUAUCCGCGUUGGUUCUGUGAGACUGCUGGAUCCAUGGGGCAAGAUUCCCGACCAAGACCUUCAGACCCCGGAUGUGCCAUUGAAGUUUGUGCAGGAGCCUGUCGUGAAAGAUAAUGCUGAUGGGACAUCUAACGUCACGUUGGUCGCUCAAUGGGACUCGAGCUUACAUGGUUCUCUGCUGCUUGAUCGUGUUACUGCGGACAAGUAUCGCGUGCAGGUUACGAUUCGCUGGGAUCUUACAUCCUCCCGUUUACAAGACCCUGUCCCAUUCGAGGUAGAUCUCACACUUCAGAUUCAAGGGCGAACCUAUGUGCGGCCACAGUCCAUGUUCAAGCAACUUUUCAAUUCGACUCGGAUUGUCCACUCAACAGUUCGCAUGUUCUCUCUAGCCAUCCGUCCAGUUUCUGCCAAACGUGCCGCUGAUCUCUGGCGCAUGAACACACAGAACGAUUAUGUGAAAGGUGAGGAACUUCUGGCAAGGUGGUCACCUCGAAAGGUUUCACUGGUGCGGGAUUACAUUGCAGCUCGCAAACGACGCCGGCGUCUUGCUGAGCUGAAUGCAGCCAAAGGGGCUCUCAGUUCCAAUAGCCUUGCUCCUUCGCCAGUCAGAAGCGGACGAUCAACACCUUUACGGAGCCAAGAAUUGAAUGAGCGAAAAACGAGACUGCUUCGGAAAUAUCUCGAUCUUUGGGCUACAAAGACCGACCCCAUUGAAGCAAUCCUUGUUCGAAGCAACACAGAGCCUCCUUCAGACGGAGCAGCUUCCCUGACGCGCGCGAAGCAGACUUCACUAGCAUCUGAUGAUGGCAGUUCUGUAUCAGACCAGGAACUAUUAAAGCCACGGUUCAUCGCAACGAUACAGACACUCCCGAAGAACACAUCUUCCUUGAAAUCCGGCUACCUACUGACCCCGGAUGACACAAACAGUCAUUGGGUGCGACGUUUUGUUGAACUCCGCCGACCGUAUCUCCACAUAUACUCUGUUCCGGACGGCGAUGAGAUCAACGCUAUCAACUUGCGCAACUCCCGUGUUGACCACGAUCCGGACUUUGCACGACUGCUUUCCGGGUCCGACAGCGGAGUGUCUGCAAAAGGCCGUCCCAACGUGUUUGCAAUCUAUGGAACGCAAAACACAUACCUUUUUGCAGCACGGACGGAGGCGCAAAAGGUCGAAUGGAUUUUGAAGAUUGACGAGAGCUACUUUAGCAACGGCGCUUCUCGUGCUUCACCCAACGGAAAUUAA